UAAAUUUUGAUCGUUUUCAUGUUUUCAAAAAAUAUGUAAGUUAAAAAUGAAUACAAAUUCGGGGUCUUCUUGGGAAAGAUUUGUUCAAGGUAAUUAUAGUCAAUAGCAAUGCCACUUGUGUCUACUUUAGAGUUAUUUUCAGUUUUAUAGUAUUUAAUAAAUUCAUUUAACCUUUAAUUGCUUUAAAUAGCAAUGGGUCCUGAUUCGCUCUUACCUUGAUGGGCCCGGGUCUAUUUACAUGGAAUACCACUAGGGUAACCGGUAACCCUAGCAUGCAUGUAAACUCAACAGGCAAACACAAUUAUAGGGGCAUUACUAGGGUAAGGAAGCGUCAACAAAUAGGUUUCAUCAUGCUUAACGGCAUAAACUAAAAUAAACUUCCCUAAACCUAAAUUGUGCAUGAAAUGAGGAUAAAUCCCACAUGAAAAACGAGGUCACUGGGACAGGAGUGCAAUAAAUGGUCAGGUCUAUUAUUAUGUUACCAGUACUAUCUCUAUGUUACCAUUCGGGCAAAUCUGGGGGGAUGUGACCCUAACCCCCACCUCCCAGUCCCUAAUUGACACUUCUGCCUCCCCAAGUACUAGUUACCAGUACUAUCUCUAUGUUACCAUUAGGGCAAAUCUGGGGGGAUGUGACCCCUAACCCCCACCUCCCAGUUCCUAAAUGGCACUAAUCUACCUCCCCAAGUACUAGUUACCAGUACUAUCUCUAUGUUACCAUUAGGGCAAAUCUGGGGGGAUGUGACCCCUAACCCCCACCUCCCAGUUCCUAAAUGGCACUAAUCUACCUCCCCAAGUACUAGUUACCAGUACUAUCUCUAUGUUACCAUUAGGGAAAAUCUGGGGUUUGUGACCCUAACCCCCACCUCCCAGUUCCUAAAUGGCACUUCUGCCUCCCCAAGUAUUAUGUAUCAAUACUGCUACAAUUUAACAUUUCUUUCAGAUAAUCUACUGUAUGCAAAUACUCUUGAUGGUAUUUUGUUAAUAACUUCAUAUGGAGAGCAGAUUUAUUGCUGGGGACCUAAAAUAGACGAAGUAUAUGUUCAAGUGACUGUUUUUUAAAUUUUGUGUAUGGAUUUAUCUGUAUCUAAAGAAAAAUUAAAGUACCAAAUAUUUUCAUAUGAUUCUUAAGGAUGAAUGCAAGCAAUUUAAAGGUGUAUUUAAUUCAAUCACAGAAAACCAAGGUAAACCGAUGCAAUGCUGUACACCAAUUAAAAUUGAUGAAAAGGCCAUUUGGGAUUUUGUUGGAUUUCAUGCAAGCCAUGCAUAACAAGCUAGACAUAUGUUACACCUAAUACUGGCGUCACCCACUCACUGUGGUUAUACUAUAUCACCCACCAUGGUUUGAGCUUGACAACUGGACUCUGUAGCUCAGUUGGUUAGAGCACUGCACAGGAAUUGCAGGGAUGUAAGUUCGAUUCCUGCCAGCUACCAGCCUACUCCUGGUCAGGUCGAAAACUAUACUCACAUAAUCUUCUGCAGCAAAUUUCCAUCUAUAAAAAACCUUCAAAUAUUUAGUUGUUCUAUUUCCUCCCACCAAAAAAUAACUCUAGGACUAGGAAGAGCUGUCCUAAGCUUGCAAAUUCUCUUACAAUUUCUCAGAGCUGCCAAGUCUCAUGGUUUCCCAACGAGUCUCCAGGUUUCAUGGGGCAGCUUCCAAGUACAAUAUGAACCCUAUGGCUAUGGUACUCUUCAGAAAUGGAACUGAUUCAACACCUCUCCAAAUUAUGUUUCUAAUGUUUAGAACUAGCUAUUUGUCAGAAAGGAUUCACUCUCAAAAGAGAUCAUGACAAUAUCAAAGGAUUCAAAGUACAUUACAAAGUUUACAAAAAGUCCCUAUGUAGGUAUGUCAAAUGUACAUUUUGUUGAUGGAAAGUUUUCAAAAGCGUCUUCCAUAAUGCAUUGGGGAAUUACAAUGAGAAACAACCACGCAUUGGACAUAUCAAUGGAUCCCUUUUCAAGCAGGGGACUAGAUGGCACAGAAAGCAAUACAAAUUUUUAAAAAUGGAACAUUCCAAUUUAUUUCCAAUCAGGGCGGAUCAUCACUGGCACCAGAGAUGGAUUCACUGGGGGGGGGGGGGCGUCACGACUAAACCCAGGCUUGAUUAGCACCUUCCUGCCAUCCCCGACUAAAACUUGAAAAUUUGCUUUACUUUUUGUAGCAUGUAUUGUAUGAGCGAGAAUCGUCAAAGUGGUUUGAUCGUAUGCAACCUUCCCUAUGGCAUGUUGAUCACCACCUACAGUCAUCCAGUGAAAGCACAAGAUGCCAUUGAAUUAGUAGAAAACGCUUGUACCUUGCUACGAAACUAAUAUCGGAAAGACAUGAUGAAUGGUUUCUGUGCUGGCAACAUUUCAAACUGUUGUCCGCGGGUGUAUAUAAUCUGAUAGCGUGAACUUUCUGGGACCGGUGGUACGAGAAUGCUAUACCUUGGUUCCAGAGGCUUUCGCCUCGCAAAGAGCCUCUGGAACCAGGGUACGAGAAUGCCCGAUAGCGCUUUCUGGUAUAACAUUCAUUUCAAUAGGUUUUCACUCGUUUCCAACUAUUGAAACUGACGUUACGUCAUUUGAUCAAUUUCUAAACUUGAUUCUUUUUGGAUUUAUUUUAUUAUUUUGGUUUGAAUUGGGGUUAAGGUUAGGGGUUAGAGUAGGGGUAGGGUUUGUUACAUAGCCAUUUAACUUAACACCUCUUCCAUCUUCCGAAAAUGAACAUUUCAAUAUGGGUAUAACCCAGCAGGGCCAUCGGAAGCCGGGGGGGGGGGUAAUAAUUUCCUCACCCAUGAAUAUUGUAUUUCGUUUCAUACUUUAUUUCUUCUUGAACAGGCAAUCACAAUCAACUUAUCAAUCAAUCAACUUACGUAUAUGAACAGUUUGUUGUUACAUUAAUAUUGUGAUUCAUUCAUGCUUGUGAUUGCAUACUUUCUUUCAAAACUGGGGCAUGAAGUUGUAAAAAGUGCAGUACAAUAUCUUGAAUUCCUAAAUGCAAGAAAUUCACGGAAACAAAGUCUAGGGGAGCAUGCCCGCAGGCCCCCCUUGGUUGAGUCCUUGGCUUCCGACGGCACUGAGUAUGUAAAAGUUUACAAUUUCCUUUUAUCCAUAAAUACCAUAUUUGUACUUUUAUCACUUUUAUCAAAGGAUUUUUACAACGGUUGAAAAAAUCACUAUCCACUGGACAGUGCUAUCCAGCCUUCGUACAACCGACACCUGACCUGUAACAAAGAUCUUACUUAUGUUAUAUUUUUAUUGUAUUAUUGGUUAUUCCGAAUUACUCCACCCCCGACAUCACACCUCACGACAAUCCUAUCAUGAUUGCUGUUGCUUAGAUAGUCAAGUUUAAACAUCCGUAUCUGUAUUGGCUUUCGUGCACCUUUCUUUGUUAAUUGGAUAAAUAAACACUCCUUUCUAGCUACAGUACUAUCAUUGUCACGAGAUAAUAAGAGUACAAUUAAAAGAAAUUGCCAGUGUGUAAAUAAAACCAAUGUUAAAAUAAAUAGCAAUAUAUGUAUUUCGUUUUCCACGCAAUAUUCAGUGACAACAAGUAACGUCAACGUCCAUGUCUUGGCUAUUUUACAGUAGAUGUCAUGGCCGGCCAUAUUGAAGGAACGCUUAUAAAAGAAUAUCAUCAACAGAUAUUGUAUUUAGAGCGUGUUCCUCCGAC